AUGUCUACAUCAUCAUCAUCAUGGUCUAAUCUUAUUGAAGAACUCCUGGAGUCGAUUUUCAAUCGCUUUGAAGACAGCAGAGAUAUUUUUCGAUGUGGGUUUGUAUGCGUUUCAUGGCGAGCAGUCGCUCUUAAGAUGUCUAGUAAGUUGAUUCCUUGCCUAUCAUCUCCAGGAUGGGGCAAAACCCAUACUGUAUUGAAUGUCAAAAAAAUGCAAACACAACAAAUUCCAGAUUAUUGUCUAUACACAGCCUGCUCCACCAAUUAUGGUUGGCUCCUACAAUUCACAGAUGCUUACGGUAUUCACCUGUUGAAUAUUUUUUCAAAAGCCAAAGUCACACUUCCUCCAACUUGUAAGGUAAUAGAUAAAGUCGCAACGUCUACAUGUCCAUUGAAUCCAGAGUGUUUGGUUCUCGUUGCAUACUGGAGUGACAACAAGCACAAAUAUGCCUUUUGUAAGGUUGGAGACGAAAACUGGACGACAUUGGAUAGAAGUUAUUUUGUGACUGACUUACACAAUUCUUCUGUCAGUGUUACCUGGUAUAAGGGAAAAUUCUAUGGUAUCGAUGCGGACAAACGCCUUUUUGUAUUCAAUUUAAGUUUGAGGACUAUAGAAUUGUUCUGCGAGGAGCCCUUAAUUAUAGGGUUUAAGAAUUAUGAGAUAUAUUUGGUGGAGUCGUUGUUUGGUGAACUUUUGUUGGUUUCCGGCAAUCAAGCCCUAUGGAAUGCUUUUAAAAUGUAUAAAUUUGAUUUCAUAACAAAGAAGUGGUACGAGGUGGAGAGCGUGAGGAACCAAGCAUUGUUUUUGUGCAGAGAUGGCAGUGCACAAGUCUAUAUGGCAAAAAGAAGUUGUAUUAUACAUUCCAUGUAUCGUAAAGAAGGUUAUCGUGUGGUGGUAUAUGAUAUGGAAACCAAGAGCGCCGAGGUUAUUCCCAAGACUACUAGUGCAGUGGAGGAUUGUUCGGUGCUUGAAGCUCUAUCUCAAAUGAAUUUGGGGAGGGUGAAUCUCAUCCCAAUUUCUUUUUUAAUUGAAGUCGGUCUCCUUCAAGAUUCUCGUAUUUCCUUUAGUGUUCGAUUACAUGGAGUUACUGCGGCUGCCAGCUCUGCACCAGAAAAGACUAAUAACUACUAUUAA